AUGCGCCCCUCGUCCGCCAGCCGCCGCGGCUCCGUCGCGCAGGGCCCGCGCCCGCACGCCGCGCCGUACUCGCACCCGUACCUAGCGCCCGCGGCCCCGUCCAAGCCGAAGCGCGAGCUCGGCUUGUGCGAUCUCCUGUUCGUCAAGGUCCUGAGAUGCUUCGCCGCCGAUGAUAUGCCGCCGCCCAACCCGCACGCCCCCGUCUAUCAGGCCGAUAAGGAGAAGAGCUCGGCGACUAGCGUCUCGCUCACCACCACCACUACGGCCACGGCCACCACCGCCACCACGGCCACCACGGCCACCACCGCCACCACCACCACUUCCGCGAGCACGAAUAGGCCGGAGGUGCGCGUCGUCAAGCCGAAAAAGUUCCAGAUGCCAGAGUAUAACAAGCCUCCGCCGGAACCGGUCAAGCCGCGCGUCGUCCCAAGACCUAACCCCCCCGCCGCGGCGUUUCCGAGCGCCAGAACCGACGCGUCAAAACACGCGGUGUCAAGGAAUAGGGAAAUAAAUUUGGCGCCGCUUCCGGACCCAAAGUCCCCCGAGGAGAAGGAACUGCGCGUGCAGACGUUCGGCAAGGUUAGUAGGUUAUCCUCUAUGUUCGAGAACCCGGACGGUUAGGCCGACCCCGCCGCUUUCGUUUGCAGUACGCCGCAACUUAGAUUACGCUAGCUUUUUACCGCGGCUGCGUGAGCAUGUGUCGAGAUUGUGGGAGUUGUAGGCGCGCUUUUAGUGUGUCCGACCUUGUGUACAUAUGUCCCCUGAGGGGGCUUUCUCUUGCGUGCACACCAUUUCGUAAAGGAUGUCGCGCUCCGAGCCCUUAGGGCUUGCGUCUCCA